CUCGACGCGAACAGCUGACGCGCGCCCCAGAGGGCCCACAGUGCCAGAGGGCCGGGACGGCACGCGGCCGAAUGAAUCGCAACCCCGCGACUGCAGUUUGUCCAGCCUGGGCCUGGAAGUGCUUCUCCUCGUCCUCCCCCCGCAGCAGCCAGGUCACCAUGGACAGGAGGAAGGUCACUGAGGAGACCCCCCUGCUCUACGACGGUAGUUCUCCAAUAAAGUACUUCAAUUGUACUAGAAGACAAAUGUCAGCAGCACCAGCCAAGAUGGGGGUCUUCUACUCCAUAAAGGAACGACUCAGAAAUCGUGUCCUGCUUGUGGAUGUGCUGGCUGCCCUCUUUGGAAUGGGAGCGUGGCUGUGUAUCAAUGGAAUGUAUACACAGCUACCACUGCUUGUAUUUAAUGCUCCAGAGGGCUGGGCGCUGCCCUCGUACAUUGUUGUUUUAAUUCAGGCAGCUAAUAUUGGAGGAGUUUGCUAUGGAAUGGUGCAGCAAUUUUGCAAGGGAAAAGUUCCAGACAGUAUUUUUAUUUCAAUUCUCAUGUUUAUUGGAUGCAUUUCCCUCCUGCUCAUGUCUUUCUUCUAUGGGCAAACAGUCAAGAUAGGAGAAUCUUUUCACAGUGUUCCUUUGCUGACUUUGGUGUUCACAAGUGCGCUGGUAGCAUGUACAAGUUCUGUUCUUUUCAUACCUUACAUGAGCCGAUACAAAGAGACAUAUCUGGUUUCAUACAUGAUUGGUGAAGGACUGAGCGCAUUUAUUCCUAGUAUCACAUCCUUAUUGCAAGGGGUGGGUGGCAACCCAACCUGUAUCAUAGAUGAGUCUAACCCAUCUGGCCCUAAAAAGCAGUAUACUCCACCCCCUCUCUUUUCUGUCUCAACAUUUCUGAUCCUCAUUUUUUUCCUUCAACUUCUAAGUCUUAUCUCAUUUCUAUUGCUAAAGUACCUUCCUGUUUGCAAGCAACAAAAGAAUGAUUAUUCUAGUCCCGGUAAAAACAACAAUGAGAUUGAGGAUGCCAGGUCAAGCAUAGUGGUGCCCGGUUCUCCAGACAAAGCAAGAAACCAAACUUCAGAUGGUGAGAGUGGGAGAGGCAAUGGAGAACCACAAGAGUUUGACAGUGGCCCUUCUUCUCUGACUAGCCAAGUAAAGAAAAUGAACAGCCGGACCUAUGCAAUUUUCCUCAUCAUGCAGGCCUGUGCCUCUGCAAUAGCUAAUGGUUUGUUCCCUUCAAUCCAAUCCUACUCCUGCCUGCCUUAUGGUAACGUAGCAUAUCAUCUCGCCAUCAAUUUGGGAAGUAUGGCAAACCCAAUAGCAUGCUACAUUCUAUUCUUUGUAACCUUCACCUCUCUUUCUGCAAUAUCUUUGAUGGCAUUCCCCACAGUUGUUGUAGCAAUGUAUAUUUUUGUCACUGCAACUAGAAGUCCUCGACCACCUCUAGUGGGCACCCAGGCAGGAGAGGCUCUAGUGGUUAUUUCUUGGGUUUUAUUUACUGGUCUUGUAUCUUACAUCAAAUUGGCCAUCGCUACAAGGUUCCGUAAAAAUGGUGGUAAAGGUCUAUUUUGGUAUGGUGCUAUGACACAGGUGGGCUCGGCAAUUGGUGCAGUGGCAGGCUUUGUACUACUCAACUAUACUACAGUAUUCCAAUCUUACAACCCAUGUGCUUAGAAUAAUUGUAGACAUUAUGUAAUUUUAUAGGAAAUGUUUUUAGUUACAACAUUGCCUCUCAGAAAGGGAUGUUUUGUUUGAUAUGUAUAGUAUUCCAUUUUAAUUUUGCUUUAAUUAAUGUUUUAAAUUUUGAAGGGAGCAAGUCUUACGAUCUCACAAAACUUUCUAAUAAAUAAACCUCAAAGAUUUUUUUUAAUGUGAAAAGAAAAAAACACAAAAACAAAACAGAACAAUUAUGUGUUUGCAAUAGCUGUUAUCAAUUUUACUCUCCCUAUGCAAGUGACAUUUCAGUGUAAGACUGAUUAAAGAAUAAGGGCACAUAUUGUUUUCUUUGUAUGAACUUAUGAUAGAUGAAAUUACUUUGUUAAAUUUUGGUUCAAUUAUAACUGAGCUUAAGAUAAGAAUCCUAGGGCAAGACCAAAGUUAAGGAGCUUUGCAAGAGGUGUUAUAGUGUCAAGUUAUGUAUAAGACAUGAAAACUCAUGUCACUGAACUAAGGAAGGGAACAAAUAAUUGACAAUAAAUCUUGCACCUGAUAUGUGCUGAUGUUAUCCUAGUUACUGUUACAUUCAUUUUCCAUUUCAUAGUUUACCAUCUUGGUUGUGCUGUGAGGUUCUGAUGUGGUGAGCUCUCUGAUGGGUGUAACUAUAUGUUUCAAGUCUUGCCAUUGUGAUGCUUUAUUUUUGUGUGAUUUAGUUAGGCCCAGUGGGUUUCAAUGAAAUUCAGGAGUUGAUUUGUUGCCUCUUUGUUAUGCUAUUUUAUUUUAUUGUGACAGGGUAUUUAUGAAUAUUUUACUUGUACAUGUUAUGGUGGCUGGGCUCAAAGCAACAUGUCAGUAUUUCCAGUGGUUAAAAUUAAACUGAUUUGUUAAAUAAAAUGUAACUGGAGUAACCACA